AUGGAGCCCGCGGAAGUGGGCCGGGUGGAGGUGGCCGACCCGGGCGCCCGGCUCCCGGGGGGCUUCUGGGAGGCCGCGGCCGUGUGGCUGGAGAGGCCGCAGGUGGUCAACAAGCGGCUGUGCGGCGCGCGUCUGGAGGCUCGGCGCCGCGCCCUGCUGCCGGGCGCCCAGGCCUGCCCAGGCCCGCGGCCAGAGGAGCGGGAUGGGGCGAGACGCGAGCCCGAGGAGGGCGCCCAGGCCCGGCCCCUGCGCGCCGAGGACCCCGCGCAGCCCGCUGGCGCCGCCGGCCGGGACGCUGACUUGGCGGCUGCCGCGGAUCUGGAUGCGCUCUGGGAAGAGUUCUCGGCGAGCCUCGCCAGCCGCCAGCCGGACAUGCUGGCCUUCCUCGGGCGGCCCGCGGCGGGGGCGCAGCCGGGGGCGCGGCGCGAGCUGGAGGUGAUCCUCCGAACCCUGAUCCCCAAAGCAGGUCCCCAUGGCGUGCGCGCGGCCCCGGCGAGAGAGAUGGCCGUGCGAGACGUGGCCUGCGGGGCGCUGACUUUCUUCCCCCUGGAAGAGGACGGUGAGGGGAACCUGCACGUGCAGAGAAGCGGCGUGUACCGACUGGAGCUCAGUCGGAGUGGACAGGCCUGGUUCAUAUCUGUUUUAAUUUUCUGUCCAGAAAGCUGGCACUCGGAUGGAGUGGUCUGUCCCAGACCCAGCUGGCUUGGAGGGACGCUGCUGGCCAGGCUGGCCAGGUGGUGUGUGGCGAGCAGGAAGCGUGCCUUUAAGGACACCCUGUCGCUCGUCUGCGUGGCCAAGUACAGCAGGACCCACCAGGCGCUCAGAGAGAAGCACGGAGCCCUGGUGAAGGUGUGGCCUGAAGUCACCGACCCUGCCAAGUUCGUUUAUGAGGAUGUGGCGAUUGCAGCAUACCUGCUGGUCCUCUGGGAAGAGGAGCGAGCUGCCAGGGGCGUGACGGCCAAGCAGUCCUUCGUGGACCUGGGCUGCGGGAACGGCCUCCUGACUCACAUCCUGUGCAGCGAAGGGCAUCCAGGCCGCGGGAUAGACGUGCGGAGGAGAAAGAUCUGGGACCUGUACGGGCCGCAGACACGCUUGGAGGAAGAGGCCAUCUCCCCAAGUGACAAGACCCUGUUCCCUGGCGUGGAUUGGCUCAUUGGUAACCACUCGGACGAACUCACGCCCUGGAUCCCCGUCAUUGCGGCCAGGUCCUCCUAUGACUGCCGCUUCUUCGUGCUGCCCUGCUGCUUCUUUGACUUUGCCGGCAAGUACCGCCGCCAGCACAGCCAGAAGACACAGUACCGCGAGUACUUGGAUUUCGUGCAGGAAGUGGGGCGGACCUGUGGCUUCCACGUGAAGGAAGACUGCCUGCGGAUCCCUUCAACCAAGCGGGUCUGUCUCCUGGGGCAGUCCAGGACGUACCCGCCCACCGCCGAGGCCGCUGUGGACGAGCGCAGGGCCCAGUUCAUCCGCAGCAGGCAGGGCUGCCCUCCGAGCCCGCCUGCCCUGGAGCCGCCGCCUCCUCCAUCUCCUGUCCCCGAGGCCUCAGACCCCUGGCUGCCUGGAUUUAGGCCCCGGGAGAAAGCUGAGCCCACCAGGAACUGCACCUCCCUGCCCCGUGACUUCGUGGACCGGGUGGUACUACAGGUGGCCAGUCUGCUGUUGCGGGGAAGGCCGCUCAAGCCAGGACGUGCCUCGAGUGGGGAUGUGCAGGCCUGGGACGCAGGAGGUACCCGCUCCUUGGCUGAGGUGGCCUGUGUGCUGGACGGCGAGACGCUGCGGCGGCUCAAGCGGGAGUGUGGGGGGCUGCAGACGCUGCUGCGAAACAGCCACCAGGUGUUCCAGGUUCUCCAUGGGAGGGUGCGCAUUCGUGACUGGCGGGAAGAGGGGCCACCCCAGGCCUUGCGGCCAGGCGCCGGGCGGAGACAGGCCUCGGAGGCCCGCAAGACCCGCACCUGCUGGUUCUUCUCUCACCACCCUGACGGCUGCGUCCUGCCUGCCCACCGCUGCCCAUUUGCCCACGGGCCAGAGGACCUGCGGCCGCCCCUGACCCCCAUGAGGAAACAGCAAAUUCCAUGAGCCACAUACUGUGUAAUCUGCAGCCUGGUCGGAGGCCGAGCCGAGAGCAGGGCUCCCCACCCGCCAGGCCCUCCUGGCCCUGGGCGGCUGAGGCACCCUGGGCCUGUCUCAGCUGAGGCCAGAGUCCCACCCAGCCCUCAUUGUUGCACCUGCUCUCUCCUCACCCCCGUAACUAGAGGCCCACUCUGCCACGAGGCAGCCACCCGACAUUCCUUCGGCCACAGCCCCGGUCCCUGGCGGGCAGGCUUGGGCAAUGGGGACAGGGGAGAUGAGAAGGCUGUGCUGUCCUCAUCUCCCCCGCUUUCCCUCCCUGCCCCGGCUUCUCCCCUGCAAGGCCUCAGGAGAGACUCCUCAGGGCCCAGGGCACCCCUGCAGACAUGGCCCUCAUGGUGUUGCUGCCCCUGGCCACUCUCCCUACAGCAGGGUCACGGACAGAGGGGCUCCAAAGAGCCAUACCUCCUGCAAGGAGCCCUCUGCCCCAGCCGAGGGCCGAGUGUGUCUGUCCAGCGCAGCCUCCUCCGCGAGUCCCAGGGCAGUGGCCAUAGCUCCCACAUCUGCUCUGGGUACUCGUGGGUUCCAGAGCCGUGGCACCGGGUGGACAGGGGGGCUUGGGCUGAGAGCUGGGCUCAGCACCCCUCCCCAGCUAGCGCUACCAUAUACUUCACCAGGGCCCUAUGGUGUCCACCAAGACACCCCCUGAGGGCUUCAAUGUUCAUCUCUGAAGGGUUGGGAUGGAGCAGGUGGCAUGCCAGCGUGGCGCUGGCUGGGGGUGCCCAGCCAUGUCCUGUCACAGGCAGGCGGACAGCUGCCCUAAGCCCCGAGGUUGGGCUGACAGGGUAUGUCAGCAGUAUCCAUGGCAGUGGGAAUGGCGGGCCGGGCAGAAACUGCUGGUACAGGUGCUGGUGGCAGACCCUGGAGGUGAUGGGGACUACUGGAGCGAUGGUCCCGGCAGGGCCACGGGGAGAGCCGUGGCAUGGCCGCCUGCACACGGACACUUGAGGGGUGUGGGCCAGGUGGCUGUGAGUUGCCAUGGCCAGAGCGAUCGGGUAGGCUUCUUACCAGCUCAGGGCUCUGCCCUCGGACACCCGCAGCUAGCUGCUCUGUGCCCUGGCACUGGGCCGGGCUGUCUGUGUGCCCCUGAGGGUCUGUCGGGCGCCAAGGUCAGCGUCCAUGGGGAGUGGCCCCCAGGCCAGCUCUGUGGAGUCUGCCACGGCCCCGGGCUGAGCUGUGGCAGGCCGAGACCCCAGUGGAGCAGCCACAAGGAGUGUGAGUUCGCCACAGUCAUAGC